AUGGCGGAAAAGGAUGACGAAAGUAGUCAAAACAACAAGAUCAAGGGUUCUUGGAGCCCAAAAGAGGACGCCACCCUUGUGUCGCUAGUGGGAAAGCACGGUGCGCGCAACUGGUCCUCUAUUAGUUGCGGCAUCCCUGGCCGUUCUGGCAAGUCUUGUCGCCUAAGAUGGUGUAACCAGCUUAGCCCAAACGUGGAACAUGGCCCAUUUACUCCACAAGAAGAUGAUGUUAUAAUUCGAGCCCAUGAGGUUCAUGGCAACAAAUGGGCCACUAUCUCUAGGCUUCUUCGUGGGCGAACUGAUAAUGCUAUAAAGAACCAUUGGAAUUCUACACUUAGGCAUCGGGCAGGGUCAAACUCAGCCAGCACUAAACGUUCAUUUGGUGAUGUGUCAAAUGAGUCAAUUCAGUCAGAUGAAACUGGGUCAAAAAGACAUAGCCCGGUUGUAUUAGUGGACUCAAAUGGGCCAGAGACAUUAUUGAGUCUUAUGCCUCCCGGAGAGAUGAUGGUAGUUGAAGGUCAAGCGGAGAACAAGGUCGUGGAAGUGGCGCUGAAUGAUGAUAAGGACGACAAGUGGAUUGCGGGCAUUGAUGACACGUGUUUGAUGUCCAUCAUGAAGCGUAUGAUAGCAAAGGAGGUUCAAACAUAUAUCAAUAGUUUAUGGGCCAAAGAAGAUUUUGGGUUUACAUUCCAGCCCACGAGCCAAAAACGCAAAUAA